CGUCGGCUCGCCGCGGCGCGAGGGCUCAAAAGGCGGAGCCGAGGUGGCCGCGAGCCCAGUGGAGACUGGAACGCGCGGGACAGACACCAGCUCCAGCCGACGCGACGCCAUGCACCUCCUGCUGCUCGCCAUCGUCUUCGCGGCCACUGCCUCAGGUCAGCGAAUCACAACAAUACAGCUGGAUGGAGUGCAAUAUUUCAUCAGUCGUAUGAAUCCAUACUCACCGGAGCUCAAUUAUUUCCUAGCGUAUCAGUACUGCCGAUCACUUGGUUUGCAACUAGCAUCAUUUGAAUCACGUGAAAAGGCAGAUUCUUUAAUGGAGUAUUUAAGGAAUGCUGGUUAUAACAAAUAUGACUUCUGGACUUCUGGGAAUCGGCUUGGAACAUCAGACAUGAUGUUAUGGAUGAGUACUGGCUUGCCCUUCAACAGUACAUUCAAUUACAUGAGGAACCUACCAUCCAAUGAUCUCCACUCAGCAUCUGAAGACCAAGACGCUGCAUCUGAUGAUGGUGGUGUAGUAAAUGAAGGGUUAGUUGAGGGAAGAAGCAAGAGCAACAGGAGACGAAGAGGAGGAUAUCACAACCCAAAUACAGGCUGUGUGACACUGAGGGCACCAGAACUUUCCUGGGAGACAGAUGACUGCAAUGCUGUGAAGGACUUCAUAUGUGAACAGACACGGUGCUACUAUUACAAUUAUGGCUCCAUUCCUGUGUCAACAUCCCAGGGGAGCAGCAAAUACCCAUCUGGCAGCAAAUAUCCCUCAGGAGCUGGACAACAAACAUCGACAACAACAGCACCUACUACUACACCCACCACUCCAGUAACGACAGAAAAAUCUUCAGAAAGUCCAAGCACUACUCCUGCCAGAGGGAAAGAUUUGGACAAGACAAACCGUCGAGUGACUCUCAGACCACCAUCAGAGAAAUCUGCCCCACUACCACUGUCUUCAAUUUUUCCAGAUCUCAUGCCUUCGCCAAGAAGUUCCGAAAACAAAUCCAUACCUAACAUUGUAACAAAGGCAUUUCCAAGAAAAGAUUCUGACAGCAAUGUUGUUUAUGUAACUGCUGUUGGAGUAAACAGUGAAGAACCUGUGCCAGUAAGCAAGUAUACAGAACCGUCUAACACUGCGGCUCCAAUGACCACACGGGACAAUGAUGAGAGCAAAGUGACUGCCCAGAUGACUGGUCCAAAAACCUUUGCACGUGGCAAGGUUAUUGAUCCUCCAACUGCAAAGUAGUCAUGAAAUUACAAAAAAAGAUUAUAUGAAAUACAGUGUUGGGCAUCUUGAAAAAGAAGACCAAUUGUUUGACAAUACAGUCAACAACAAAGUUACAGUGAUGCUUCUAUCUUUCAAUUUUCUUAACACACAUUUGCUUAAAUCAUGCAUCACUAAAUAUAGAAAGAAACUGAAAUAUGUGUAUAAUGUGUGGAUACAUAUGUAAGUAAGAAAUAUGGAUGUUAAUGUGAACUUAUUGUGCGUGUUGUUGGACAACAGAAGCCUACUGCCAGAAUACUCUUACAACAUGCAUGACUAUUUCACAGAACUGGGAUCUUUUGUCAUUUAUCAAUUAUUAGUGCCUUGUAUGGAAAGCUGUAGAUCUGCCAUAAAUAAAUCUAAUGUUGUAAUA